CGAGAACCACGAGAAAUACGGUACGAUCGGCUAGGCUACAGGCAUCCCACAGUUGACCCAAGAGGAAUUUCGCUCGACAACAUGCUUGAUGAGAGAGACUUUUCCUGCUAUGCUUCGAGAGACAGACACAUGCUCUAGAAGAGCCCGAGACAACUAGUUCAUCGCGUAUCUCCAUCACGUUUAUCGAGUACCUAAUUCUUUGCGCCGUACCACACGCUGGCUCUGUCAUUCCAAACCACUGGUUUUCGCUGGCUAUCGUUCUAGUAGUUCGCAUAAGGCAGCUUCUUCUUCAGCGUAGAAUAAGUAAUUACAGGCAUUCUAGUAUUUCGGGAGCGACAUAGAGCGAUAGAGAGCGAGGGCCCACCCCUCGCGCGUUUCUAGAAGCACGGAGGAGCCGUUUCUGUCCCGCCAAGCGCGGGGAGCCGACGAAGCCGACAUGCAGCAUCUACGGCCGCGACCGCUCCCGCUGCCCCACGCGCAGCCGCAGAGCCAAUCAGAGUCGAGAUACGCGUCGCAGUCCCAGCGAAUAGACAUACCUAGCAGGGCGGCUAUGGGAAAGCGCACGAAGCUGCACGACUCGGAGUCGUGCGAGACCACCAAGUCGUUUCGCAAGGCGCGCUGGCAACAAUUACAGCAAACGGCAGUGGACAAGCUAUACUCCGUGAUGUGGGCCAUCGCGCUGCUCGUGUUCACGUCGGUGCCAGGAACAUCGUGCCUCAUCGGCGCGCUGCUGCUGCCCUCUUACGCCGUGCUCGCACUGCUCGCCGUGUGGCUCGUCAUAGAAGCGGUGUUUUACGUGUUUCGUUAUAAGCAACUACAGAGGAUCAGUGACGAGUACGUGGAGCUCCCGCUCCCGUCGCGCGAAGAGAUCUCGAGUCUUCUCGACCGCGUUCUCGCCGUCGCCAAGCAAGCGGACUAUAACGAUUUCGUGGGAGGGUGGUUCAUGGGUGCGUCCCUCGCGUCUCUAACGCGUACAAACAUCCGCCAGUUCAUCUCUCACGGCUUCUUCCACCGCUUUUAUAACGAGCUCUCGAGCGAAUACCAAGAAGCAGUCGAAGAGCAUGUCGACAGAGCCGAGUCGCACCUAGGGAUGCACUUUAAAGACCCCGACGCGCCGCCUCCGCCUCCGCCCGACCUUGUAUCCUUCGGUUCCGAUAGCGAGGGGGAGAGUGAGGGGGGGGAGUACGAGAGGGGGGAGAGUGAGAGCGAAAGCGAGAGCGAAGCGGGGGAGAAUGAGAGGGGGGCGGAAGGAACUGCCGCCGCUCCGCGCUCCGCGGUCUCCGCCGACCCUUCUGCCGCCGCCACUGUCGUUCCUGCAGUCCGCUCCGCCUCCGCCUCCGCGGGUUGCGGCCCGCUGGAGGCGGCGGCGACCGCGGCGUCGUCGAGGAGCCUCGGGCGGAGCUGGAGCGACGCGCAGCUUCCACGGAGGGGUGGGGGCGGUGCGGAGUGCGGAGGGGGAAAGGAGGCGGGGAGCGGAAGCGGAGACGCGCGGAAGGGGGAGGAUGCGGGGAAGGGGGUGGAUGAGUCGGUGCGCUUUAUGGCGCACACGAGAGAACCAAUCAGAGCCAUCAUUCACCCGCUCGCAUUCUACGUGUGGGGUCACAUCGUGGGGCUCCUCACUGCAGCGGCCAUGCGCCUCCUCGGCUUCUCGAAGCACACCACACCCACUGGCAUCCACUACUGGUUCCGCGCUCCUAAGAAGUCGGCACCGAAGCGUAAGGCCCACAAGGCAGCAGCCGUGGUGCCAAUUUUCGACGACACGUCAGCAUUUGCAGAGGCCACGUCAGCAGCGGCACCACUGCUGGCCGAGAGAGAGGCUCUGAGGGGGAGGGAGGAGGAGGGGGAGGAGGGGGUGGUGCUGGUGCAUGGGCUGGGGCUCGGACUCACUCCGUACCUCUCGUUCGUCCACAUGCUCUCUAGAAGCUACUCAAAUAAGAAGCUCAUAGUGGUGGAGCUGGCCCACCUGGCAGUGCGCCUGUCCACGUCAUCACCCACCAUCGAUGACGUGGCAGACGGCAUUACUGACGCCAUGGCGGUCCAUGGCAUGCAGUCAGCAGUCUUUGUGGGGCACUCGUACGGCGCCCUGGUGCUCGCUCGGCAAGUGCGCAAGCGCCCCGAGACUGUGAGCGCUAUGGGCUUUGUGGACCCUGCCUGCUUCCUGCUGUGCCUCCCUAAAGUGCUCUUCAACUUUAUUUAUAAGUCCCCCGGCUCCCCCUCUAUUGGCGACACAGUAGCAGAGGCUGUGAGGUGGUUUCUGUGCGGGAGAGAGCUGCAGGUGGCGCGUGCUCUGUGCCGCGGCUUCAACUGGCACGCGUACCAGGUGUGGGCGGAUGACAUCCCUGUGCAUCGCUCGGUGGUGAUGCUGGCAGGGGAGGACCAGAUUGUGCCGUCACAGCACAUCAGGAACUACCUGGCCGACACACCAGUGGACGUGAUGUACAACGAUGGUUACCACCAUGCACAAAUACUGUUCAGCGAGGCCAAGCAACGAGAGUUCAUUACCCGUUUGAAGGCUGCAUGCCGCUGAGGUGCACAGCCGAGUGGAAGCUACCAGCAUGCUGUUGAAAGGACUUUUUAGUCGACUAAAUCCUCGCCGAGCACGGGUGGCCAUUGGACGCUAUCAGCAUGGCGUUAGAGGAAACCCCCCCUACAAGGCGAUUGUGUGCCCCUAUUGGGCAACAUUGUUGCAGGGAGAAAGGCUCAUGCAGCAGGUGCAGAGCAACAAGGGGAAAUAAGCUGCUUGGAUAUUUCUACUAGGUCAACCGACUGCAAAAAUGAGGGUCACCAGCAGGUACCAGCAGCGGCAAUGGAAGCAGCAGCAGCGGCAAUGGAAGCAGCAGCAGCAGCAGCAGCAGCAGCAGCAGGAUGAUAACCACAGGCCAAUGUGACAUGAGUCACUGAACUAACAUGCUAGGCUUAGGGCUUUCUCCCUUAAAGAUGGUGCACCACCACAAGUGGACCCUGAGUUCCAACUGAGGGCCAACUAUUCCAGCAACAGCAGUAUACUGACGGUUGGAUAGGUCAUAGAUGGUCUCUACAGUAAGAUGCUAGUAUAGGCUGGAUUGUGUGGGCAUAUGACUGGUUGAUGCUCAUGCUGCUGCUGCUGCUGCCUCUAUAAAUGAGUAGGCCUAGUUGUAUUGGGCAGGGAAUAAUGUAUUGUACCAUCGAUGUUCAAUGUUAUUG